AUUUCAAUUUAUCAAACGCCACCUUAGACUUGCGACAACUCGCAACUCGCAACUCGCUCCACAAUAGAUUUUAGACCGAGAAUAGGCCUGGUUGAGAAUCAGCUUGAAGGUUCAUAACGAGAACGAUUCGCUGCAAGGGAGGGGUUUCGCUACUAUCUUUUCCUAUUAUAGACAUGGAUGGGGGACUAUCCAAUGUAAAGAAAUGGGUUGUGCUUUAUCCUGUGUAUAUAAAUUCAAAGAAAACAAUAGCUGAGGGGCGGCGUAUUAGUACAAGCAAAGCAUGUGAAAAUCCUACUUGUGCUGAGAUUAGCGAUUGCUGCAAUUAUCUUAAGGUCCCAUGUGUAAUUGAGAUUGAUAAGGCAUAUCCACGUGAUUUCAUGCAAAGAGGGAGAGUUAGGGUAUUGCUGAAAAAGGAAGAUGGUACUUUGUAUAAUCCUGCUAUUCCAUCUAGGAAACAACUUAUGCUCCAUGUCGCCGAAUUGGUCCCAAAGCACCAUGGGAGGACAAAGAAACAAGAACCAGCAACUUCAACAGCAGGACCGUCGAAGUCUGGAAAAGGUGGAAAGAAGAAGAAAUAACUGAAGUUUAUGCAAUGAAACUUUUUCUCGUUUCUGGUCAAGUCAUCAGUACUUUUUUUUGUCAUAAGAUGGUUCCUUUUGUCAUCAAAUUUCUUAAUUUAUUGGUAUUUCUCUUUCAUCCUCUAGGCUGUUUCUAUUGGUUGCUUUCUAUCAUUUUCUUGAGGAUACAAUGAUGUUAAUUCGUAAAUGAAGGGUUUAACUACUUAAUAUGAGGUUAUGAAUCUUGGGAUUAAUGGAUUAUCAUGUUAAAGACGUGGAUGCAGGUUCAACAUCAA